AUAAAGAAAUAAAAAAUUGGGGUUUUUAUUUCAUGGUUGGUACCGUCCUGUCACUGUCACAAUUUUUUAGGUUAAAUUAUUAGUCAUUACAAGUUUCUUUUAUGUAUUUGUAAUGAUUUACGAAGCAGGGUGUCUCAUAUGCGUGGCCAUACUUUGGGGCGGGACUAACCCAUUUUUGAAAAAAAACUCCAAAGAAAUCACAACCAUCAAAGCCGACUCUGCCAUAAAACAAUUUUUUUUGGAAAUUAAAUACCUGUUCACGAAUACACGAUAUUUGAUACCAAUGGCGCUUAAUCAGAUGGGGUCCAUACUAUAUUUUUUAACAUUACAGAGAGUUGAUUUAUCGCUUUCUGUUCCUGUAGCUAAUUCACUUACUUUUGCGUUCACAGCACUGUCUGGUCUUAUUUUAGGGGAAAAACCCCCGAAACGAAAUACAAUUUUAGGGGUUUUACUCAUUUUGGCUGGUACUUCCUUGUGUUGUUACGACAAUUACCUCGUUCGUUAUAAGUUAUAAUUAUCGUAUUAUCAUUGUUAUUAAAUAUAAAAAAAAAUAAUGACGUAAAA